AUGGGGGAUCAGAAUGCAAUCGAAAAAAUUAAUAUAGUAGAUAUAAGCUUAGAAAAGAAAGAUAUAACCAGAGAGCAGCACGAUCUUAUAAAAGCAUACUGGAAAGAAAAAACAGAUAAAAUAGCAUAUGAGCUGCUCAGUAGUAUGAAGACGGAUAUAGUCUAUAGAGUAGACGAAGAAGUAAUGAAGGCUCUGAAGUACAGCGACAAGAAUAGCUUAGUUGCAAUGGCUAAAAAGAAGAUUUCGCAGGUUCUAAGCGCAGAAAACAAUGAGGUAAAAGAGACAGUGGUCAAUGUCCUCGGUAGAUAUACAGGAGAAAGAACGCUAAAAAGAGAGGAAAUUAAAGAGUGUAUGCAGAAAAUACAGGAAGAAAUACAGCCAAAUCUAAAAGAAAUAGAAAAAAGGAUUAAUAUUGCAUUGUACGAAGGACAGCCAGGACUACUGAAACACAAAAAAGAGUACAACGAUCUUCUUGCUGAAGUUAUGCAAAUAGCAUCAGGAUCGUACGGAACAAACUCUUUAGAAUACGAAUUUUAUAUACCAGGCCUUUUCAAAGAGUCUAUACUCGAGAUAAGCCCAGUAUUUUCCAAAGAAACAGUAGUGCAGCCAAGAACACAGAAUGCACAAGAUGUACAGGACAUACAGGAUCGAGAGAGCGCACAAACUGUGCCUAACACUGAUUAUUUUACAGACUUGAAAAGUAGAAUAAAGGAAGAAGACUUUGUUGACUUCUUUAUCAAGAUGGACGAGGUUUACAGAAUAUUUAACAAUGCUUCAAUCGGCCGCACAAGACUGGGAAAGAUCAGAAAAGAGCUGAAAAAUGUACUGUAUAGGAUCGCCAAAUCGCUAGAUAUGGAAAUAACACCGCACGAAAUAAACUGUAAGAUAGAUCCACUGACCAACUACCGAUACUCAGACAUAAUCUCCACAAAUUAUAUGCUGAACUAUGCCAUUCUCAAGAUAAAAACAGUGUACCGCGGGAUAAAGGCAAAAAAGGAAAAGUUCUUAACAGAAGAAACAUAUUUCUAUGCAAGAGCGUUUGUGACAAUACUGUGUAUAAUUACUGUCAUCUGCAUAUGGCACGUAAUAAUAUCAAAACUAUUGCAGAUGUUGACAAACAUCAAUGUAUAA